AUGGCAGCGCUGUUUAUGUUCAACCGGCGUCGUAGGCGCCGCAGAAGCGAGGCGACGUAUGUGAACGCUUUCAUACGCGUCAAUUUCGACCCCCUACACGUCCUGACGGACGAGGCCAUACUGCGCAAAUACCGUUUGUGUAGACCUCAGAUAGAGGAGCUGGUGGAGCUGCUGACACCACACCUGCAAAGGCCCACCCGAAGGAGCUACGCGCUAUCACCAUCUGUGCAGCUGCUGGCUGCACUGCGCUUUUACGCUUCGGGCAGCUUCUUUGAGGUGGUAGGGGAUGGUCUAGGCAUGAGUCGGGCAUCGAUCAGCAGGUCCGUGACUGCUGUUACUGAGCUGCUGCUCAGACUGCUGCCCGAGAUGGCCUUUCCGACGACGCCUGAGGAGAUUGCGAGGACCAACCGCGUGUUCCACGCAGUCGCUGGGAUCCCUCGGGUGAUCGGAGUCGUAGAUGGUACGCUCGUUCCAAUUGCCAGGCCCACACAGAACGAGCACCUCUAUGUGAGUAGGAAAGGCUUUCACGCCCUGAACGUGCAAGUGGUGUGCGACGGCCGGGGUGUCUUCACUGACAUCGUGGCAAAGUGGCCGGGCGGCACCCACGAUGCCUUUAUGUGGGCCAACUCUGGGCUGUGUCAGGUGGCAGAGGGUGGUGGCUUUGGGGGUUGCUGGCUUCUCGGAGACAGUGGCUACCCAUUGCGCCCCUUCCUGCUCACCCCUCACCAGCAGCCGAACACAGACGCAGAGGCACGUUUUAACAGGGCGCAGAGUACAACCCGUGCCAUUGUGGAGCGAUCCAUAGGGGUAUGGAAACAGCGGUUCCGUUGCGUCAGCAAGACAGCGGGUGGCGUUCAGCUAAACCCAACAAAGUGCUGUUCUGUGGUUGUCGUAACUGCGCUGUUGCACAACAUGGCGCUCAGGGCCAAUGUCCCACUUCCAGAAGGUGAGGAGAUGGCCUUGGAUCCGGAUCUCCCAGAUCCGCCUAACCAAGAUGCCAAUCCUCAAGGCCUGGAGGUGAGGGCUCGUUUGGUGCGCCACAUGUUUGGGCCCUGA